AACGGUCCAAAUUAAUGCCUGAACCCAGUUGUCUACUUCUUAUAAAUUUCAGAACUUUCCAGAACUUCACAAAAAUACAAUCAAAAAAUCAAAAAUCUAACCCCACUACUUUACACUUGGCUACAUCUCCAUUAUUUAACUUUUAAUUUUGUCAAAAUUCCCCUAAAAAAACAAUAAUUUCAAUAAACAGUGAAUAAGAAACUUCCAAGAGAAGUUGAGAAAUCCUUACAUCCUUCAUAAUUCCCCUGUUUUUUUCUCUCUCCUCAAUCUAGAACCUUCUUCAACCCCACUUCCCAUCUUUCUCCCGCCAUUAAAUUAUCUUCCAACUAUCAAACUGCAAUUUAACCCCAAAACCCAGAAUUAAUCCAUCUUCAAUUAAGAUUAAAACCCCUUAAUUUUCCCCAAAUUUCAGAAUUAGGGAUUGCUCUGUUUUUCAGCUGAAAAUGGAAAAUGUGAUUGUUAAGGAAGAAGAGGUAACUAUCCCCUGUAACGCGGUUACAGGAUCAUCAAUUUCAUCGUCUUCAUCAGUAUCAAGCUUCUCUGCUAGACCCAUGGAGGGGCUCCAUGAAAUGGGUCCACCUCCAUUUUUGAUCAAGACUUUUGAUAUGGUGGAAGACCCUUCAACGGAUACUAUUGUUUCUUGGAGUAAAGCUCGUAAUAGCUUCAUUGUUUGGGAUUCUAUCAAGUUUUCUACUUUGCUUUUGCCUAAGUUUUUCAAGCACAACAAUUUUUCCAGCUUUAUUCGUCAGUUGAAUACUUAUGGUUUCAGAAAGGUUGAUCCUGAUCGCUGGGAAUUUGCAAAUGAAGGAUUUCUAGGAGGGCAAAAGCAUUUGUUAAGGAACAUCAAGAGGAGGAGAAAUGUAGGACAAAAUAUUCAACAUCAAGGAGGAGCUUGUGUUGAGAUAGGUCACUAUGGAUUGGAGGGUGAGAUGGAAAGGCUAAGGAGAGAUCGUAAUGUGUUGAUGUCUGAAAUUGUGAAGCUACGACAGCAACAGCAAGUCUCUAGGGAGCAAAUCCGUACUAUGGAGUCUCGACUUCAGUCUACUGAGAGAAAGCAGCAACAAAUGAUGACAUUUCUAGCCAAAGCCCUUACAAACCCAGCCUUUGUACAGAACUUGAUGCAACGUAAUGAGCAGGGUAGAGUGUUUGAAGGCAUUGAGAUUGGAAGGAAAAGGAGGUUAACAGCUAGUCCAAGCGCAGAGAGCUUGCAAGAAGAAGUGCUAUCUGCUGCAGUGGAAGCUACUGAAGGGUUGGCAUCUGUUGAAUCAGAAAUCCAGACUUUGUUCUCAGCUGCAUUGGAUGAUGAGUCAAGCAGUGAUGUUAAGGAGCCAAUAGUGGAACCUGAUCCAAUUCCUUCAUCAGUUGGUGCAAAUUUGGGAAGUGUUGGUGAGAUUAGCUGGGAAGAGCUACUGAGUGAGGACUUGUUAGGCGAGGGGGAAGGUUAUGUUGGCGAUGAACAAGAGGUGGAUGUACCAGUAGAGGACCUGGUGCCAGAUCCUUCAAAUUGGGAAAGGUGGCAGGAGGAUGCAAGGGGCUGUAAUUGACGGUUGAGAGUUUGUUUCUUGUAUUCUUUAGGAUUGGUUUACUAAUCAAGUAAGAUAUAUUUGUGGUUUAUUUUGCAGUAAUGUAAUUCAUUGUUUUUUUGGCAGGGCAAUCCUAUGACAGAGGGUAGCGUGAUUUGAGAAGAAUUGAUUUCGAUUCAAGGAACUGAGUUUUUAAUGAUUUUCUGUUGGAACUAGGAGAUUAAUAUAUCUUUUGCUGAUAAUCGAUUGAUAAAUAUCUGUAUUGGGUUUACAUAUAUGGUGCAAGUACUGUCAUUUUUGUUACGAUGUAAUAACACUAUAACGUGUAAAAGUUGCCUAUUUUUAGACAUCUACUUUGUAUUUAAUUUUUGGAUUCAGUUGUAAACCAAUACUGUAUCGCAGUUACUUUACUUAAUCUAACUUUUCUAAUUUAAGGAU